AUGGAUUCCAGCUUUAAUGCAUUCCAGAUGAAAGGUAGACCUGAAUUGUCCAAUAAUAGAAAACAUAUAAGAUUGAGAAAAUCAAUGACUUUACCAGAUGAUACAUUAGAAUAUUGGGGUUUCUAUUUAUUUAAAGGUGCAAGUGUGGAAUUGAAGGCCUGUUCUAGGUAUGAAGGUUCUAAAAUAUUAGUGGUAAAAGGAGGAAAAAUUCUUGACACCUGUGGAAUAUUAAAUAGCAACAACUAUAAAAAAUCUAAUAAUUUAAUAGAAAACAAACAUCUUUCAGUGACAUUAGAAAAUCCAGUUGAGAAAGAUACCAAUGAGUCUGUAAUUAUUGGUAAUAAAGAAGAUAAUACUGAAAAAGAUGUCAGUAGUGGCAAGGAAUUUAUUGGAGAUGAAAUAUUAAAUAACACAAAAGAGCAAAACUCUAUAAAUAUGAAUAAGCCAAUUGAUAAUGAAGUAAAAAAUAAAAUAAAGAGACACAUUAAAAGAACAUCUAUUCAUAAUCCAAAUACAGUGUUGGAUACUGGUGUCAAUCAUGGUGGAAAUGCAUAUAACAAAGCUGAAAAUAUGCCCGAAGAUAGUGCAGUAUCUAAUUUUGAAAACAGUUUACAUGAAUGCUAUCAUGAUAAUAUGUUAAUGCAUAACUAUUUUCCAUACUCCAUGCUUUGUAAUAGUACCAAUUAUUUAGAAAAAACAACUACACUUAAAGUCACUCAUGAGGUUUUAGAAGAUGGAUAUUAUUACUAUAUUUUUUAUAGUGACAAUGACAUUGUUAUGAAUGAUAUUCAUGCAAUUUUUGAUAUUUACAAACCAACAUUUCAGUAUGUAAAUAUGUCUCCAUCAAAAGUAUGCAUUAAUAAAACAGAGUGUGAAUUUAAUGUAAGAUUAUUCAGUGAUGAAUUGGUUAUAGUAGAAGUGCCAACAAAAGAUGGUUUAAAAAAUGAACAUGAUUCCUCUCUCUUAGUAUCUAUUUGUCAGCCUAGAAUGUCUGUUUACAUAAUCUUUCCUAUUUCAGUACUGCUAAUAAUACUUUCUUUUGCAUUUUUAUGA